GGUAGCGGCGUAGUAGCACAAAAACAGUACAACACGAAAAUGAUUUCAGCUUGCUGUUCUUUUUAUUUUGUUUUUACGGGCCCCGAAGACGUUCAUUGAAUCAUGUUUACAUAAUUGUUAAAAACCGUUUAAUUCAAAUCACAUUUCGCCGGUUCGGGGUGUCGGCGGCUGGGCUGAAACGGUCUGGGCAGCGGGCUGCUCUGCUUUUUGGUGUUCAAAUUUGGCGUGCUGAAGCUGAAACAGGCUACCACAUAAUCACCUUCUAGACUGUUUCACUGACAUCGCGACGAGCUUAAUGCUCCAAGUAAGCAGCGUGCUGACAUGAACUAUGUUCGCGACCCUUUGAGCCUCGAAAGGGAAGGCAAGGUCCGCGAAGUCGGGGCGCAAGCGGUCUGGUCCCUGUCGUCCUGCAAGCCCGGCUUUGGUGUGGACCAGCUUCGAGACAACUGUCUGGACACAUACUGGCAAUCCGAUGGACCGCAGCCCCACCUGGUGAACAUCCAGUUUCGCCGCAAGACGACGAUCCAGGGCAUAUGCAUCUAUGCCGACUACAAGCUCGAUGAAAGCUAUACUCCAAACAGGAUCUCGGUGAGGGUGGGCAGCAGUUUCCACGACCUUCAAGAACUGGAAGCGAUUGACCUCAACGAGCCGACGGGCUGGGUGCACAUCUCCACGCGGGACACCAGCGGCCGUCCGAUCCGUACCUUCUUCGUCCAGAUCGCUGUCCUGUCCAACCACCAGAACGGACGGGACACGCAUCUGCGGCAGAUCAAAGUCCACUCGCCGGUUGAACAGGCCAGCGUCAGUAUUUUGCCCAAGGUCAGCUUUACGAGCGUCGAGUGCUGCGCCUUCAGUUCAAUUCGUUGAAGCAACCUUGACUGUGCGCGUUUUCCGCUGCCUCCCCGCCCACGAUUGGAUUCGAUUGUGGCGACAGCUCAAAAACUGGAUCUAGCCUAAACACUUUAAAGAAAAAGGUUAUUCUGAGCACCCUAACGUCUCUUAAGGCUCAAAAACUUGUUGAGGCAGCCUCGUUUCCGGCGUUUUCCCAACGGCAAAAAGAUGGAUGACAGGCUCAAAUCUGAAAAGGAACUGAUCUCCUCGGUACUUGUAACCAUGCAGAAGGACCCCACAGUAUCGGAGUUCCUCACGGAGUACCGUCAGAUGGUGGAGCGCGAGUUUCCCUUUCGAGACUACGGCUGCAGCAGCGUCUUGGAGUUGUUUGAGAUGAUUCAGGACACGGUCACAAUCAUCAAGCGGCCUUACGGCGAGCCAAUCAUUCGUCUCAGAGUGGACGAGAGCUUCGAACACAUCAGCAACCUCGUUAAGACCCAGAGAAAGUCGCCAGUCAAGCGCACCACUCGCAGCAAGUUUAACACUACGAGACAGUUUGUUCCGACUAAGCGACCUCUUCUCAGGAGGCCCCCGCCCCAGGUGUCUUCUUGGUCUCAGAAGGCUCUUACCCCCACUGCUCUGCAAGGUCGUCAAAAAGGAGUUGGUGUUGUGUCCCAGUCCAAGCCAGUGGAGCGGCUGCACUUCAGAGCUUUGAACAGUGUCAAACAAGAGCUGCCAAGCCCUGCACAAAGGACCAGGUGCGUGGACUUCUCGUGCCAGACAGACCUGGAAUCCCCGGAAAUCCUCGAUGCUCCAAAUGUAAGCCUUGACCGUGAAGGCUCCCUUGCUGACAAGGAAAGGGAGGACCGUCUGUUUUGUGAAAGGCUUUACUUGGGUGCUGCAAAAGCUAGUGGUAACAUUGUCAAAAAAUGGCAGGCAAGCAACAAUCCGCCAGCGAGAACGUUUCACACUCCGGUGGAAAGCUUGCCCGUGCCAAUUCCCUGUGUGCGACGACUGGUUCCAAACCAGCAGAGCAGCCAAUUAACUCCAGUUGGCCCAGCUUGGGGUGUAGCACCGGGUCCCGUGGUGCUGAGUCCACAGCAUUACGUGAUUCACAAUAGCAUCCCCCUGGCAUGUGCCCCCAUGGUUUCUGCUUCUUAUCCGACUUGGCAAAGUCCGAAACAUUCGAGUCUCAACCCCCAUGCCACCGAGUAUGUGCCAGAAAUUUUUGAUCGCUCGGGCACAGAGCUGCAAGCGGAGGAGAGACCAGAGCUGGUGGACCAAUGGACAAGCACAGCCGACUUGUGCAAGGCUGCGCACGCUCACACCAGCACGGACGACCUGCCAGAAGGAACCUCGGACGAGGUGAUUCGGGCUGUCAAGGCUCUUCUUCAGAUGCACCCGGCUGGCUUGGAAGUUGGGGAAUUGAUCGGUCUCUGUCGGCUCGAGACUGGAAAAGAUUCCUGGGGGGAGACGGAGAGUCCUCUGGAGUUUGCUCGUGCGCUCUUGGCAAGUGGGUCUUCGAUAUCGAUCAACAGCUUCGAGCCCGGAAAGCUCGUGGUCAAAUCUCUCAAAAGUGGUUCGUGCCCGGAUAAGCCUUCCGCUACGAUUCCGAAAGAGGUUGCUCACGGGCUUACGUCGAUCUUGCUUCGUUAUCCGGAUGGCCUAGACGCGAAAGAGUUGCUGAACGUGUACAGAAAGCACUUUGCUCCGCACGAAUAUCUUGACGGAGCUUCAGCAAAUCCGGCCAACUUUGCGCGUGACCUCUUGGUUAGUGUGCCCACCAUGACAGUAACGUCCAAAGGUGAGGACAUCUUCUGGGUCAAGCUGUCUGCCAAAGUCUGCCAGUCGAGUAGUGGUCGCAACAAGGACGCGAAGGGUUUAGGAUUGAGUUCCAGCAUCGACGAAUCUGACACGUCGGAGGACGAGGGCUCCUUUGACAAGCAAGAACUUCCCCAGACGCGAGACUUUCUCGUCGUCAUCGGAGAAGUCUUCGACCCCACAGAGUUCUACAUCCUUAACUUCGCCACGGUCUCGAUGCUCCAAAGCAUGAUGGCCGAGCUGGACAAGUUCUACUCCACGGCACCGCUCCCGUUCUACUCAGUGAACAGGAAGAACCUCAAGGCAGGCUACGCGUGUGCGGCGCCCUACGUGAUCCACGGCAAGCCGUUUUGGCACAGGGCAGUGGUGACGUACGUGAAGGCUCCCAAGGUCUGUGUCCGUUACGUCGACUACGGCACGGUGAAGAAUGUCAAGAUUGAAGAGCUGCGCAGGCUUCGCCCCGACUUCAUGGAACUUCCUGCGCAAGGGAUCAGGGCGUCGCUCGCAAACCUGAAGCCAAAGGGUUUGAACACCUGGUCCGUCGAGGCCAAGAGGCGCUUCCUGGCGUUGACCAAGGCGACCGGACUUAGCUGUACCGUCGUCGAGCAACGGGAGGACGUCGUCGUGAUUGAACUCGCCACGGCUCUUGACAGUGUGUCCUGCUCCAUCGGCGACAUACUCGUGGAAGAAGGGUUUGCUCGUCGGGUACCAAAAUACAUAGAAUCCUGCCAACUCGCGGAAGACUACAAGGUGAAGCUGGUCGUCCUGAACAAUGUCCGCUACAUGACCGGUGCUGCCAUCUCUAGGCUUUUCGGUUGGGAUCAGGCCGAGUGCAGCCUCAGGCUACAGAACCUUGUGCUUCCGAGCGUGUUCAAGACCUGCUCCACUGUGUUCGUGGGCAAGCAAGAACUGCCCGAACUCCACGAGCAGAUCUGUGAAAGCGAAGACUCUCUGUGUCCAAGCGAUGUGGAGCUUUAUCCUCUGGAGCAGCUGCCCACCAUCCUCAGGCUUCUGGAGCACCCUUCGAAGACGCUCAGGAGGGAGAUUCAGAAGCUGGCGGACGGCACCAAUGGCUACUCGAGCGACGAGACGACACAUUUUCUGGACAUGUCCGAAGAAGAUGACGAAGAGGAAGAAUGCGACAGCAUACUCAGACGCAACGGGAAAAGGAGGGACCUCGUGGCCAAGCUCGAGUCCUUUACAGAACGGCGACGGAUCCUCAGAAUGAGGGCUUACGAAGCAGACGACAGGGAAGCGUUGUCGCAGUUGCCACACGUCGAGAGGCAGAUCAGCUCGGUGAGGUCCCUCUUGGAGGAGUUUGAUCGCAUUCCGUCGGUCUCGACAUCACAGUAUUCAAUGUCGGCACAACAGUCAUUGUCGAGUCCUAGUCCCAUGCCCAGCGUUCUGGACACUGCCACGGCGUCCCGGCGGAACAGUGGUGGCCCUGUGCAGGAUCCGGACGUCUCAGUUUCGCUGCAGAACAAACUGUUGGAAAUGCUUAUAUCUGCAAAAAGGGGAAUGUGAGGAGCGAUCUAACUGCGUGCGAGUGUACGUUUCUUUUACCCUUCUUACCGUGUGGCAGAUUGUUCAAUCAUGCUUGAAUGAAUGUCGAGCUCUGUUUUAAAAAGGUGCGUUCGUGAGCGAGAGCUCUACAGCGACGACGGGGCAGACAGACUGAUUACCCAAACCUCUGCCCCAUGGGGCAUCGGUAAGAGCCGUGACUGCAAUUGCUGCUGACGUUCAGGAGGCCGCAAGAAAUGACCGCACUCGGUUUGACGUUAGGUCUGACCGCAGCAGAUGUAAUGUGAUAGAGCUAAUCAAGCAGUGUCAGAAGUGCACAGUCACGGUUGCUGGUCGUCUUUGCAUGUUUUUCUUAUCACCGCUAAAGCAAUCACGUGCAGCAAAAGCUUGGGAUUGUGGGGCAUUCACUGUGCACGAUUGGUUUAGCCGGGAAUCGCAAACGCACGAAGAUGACGAGCGCCGCAGCGAUGCACUUUCGGAGCUGCUCUAUUGGCUCCCCCCAAUCAUACCGUCAGCUGCGGUCAUACUAAAUGGGAAAUGGAGUGUAGAUGCAAGGUGGGGAGGGUUUCAUAUUUUCACUUCACAAGAAUGGGACAACAAGGUUACGACCUCAAUGCCUGGCGCUUCUUGUUUAGGUCAAGCAUGCCUCAUCGUCCAAGUGUUUUUUAGUUCAUGGCCGGAAGUCAACCACAUCGUGUGACUGGACGACGAAAAAAAUCCAAAGCAAGUGCCCUAAAGGCUGAAGAAAGUGCUGCACACAGUAGACAAUGGCCUAGUUGGAGACCCUUCAAUGAGGAAAAAUAAUUCUUUCGUUUUAAUAAUCUAACAACGUUUUAGAGGAUGCUUCAGCUGAACUGUCACUUUUUCGAGUGUACCAGUUGUUGCCUCCCCACUUUAUGGAAAUAACUUGACAGACAGAGUGGACAGUUGUUUCACUGCCAGGAAAUAGGCCAGAGGUCGAUGGCAAGAACGUUUCAGCAAAUAAAGAAAGAACGACGGUGGC